GUCACGGUCAAUUGAUCACGACGAAUAUGGAAAAGGAUAAUAACGCGAAGGGCGAAGAGAGCAGAAGUUGAAGCGGUAGAUCGUUCGGGGCGCCACACGAAGUGAGUGAGCUACUUCCGCCGCCGCCGCCGCCGCCACCGCGGAGCGGAAUAGUCGAAAUACGAAACAAACGAGUCUCGUGCAGGAGCUCGAUCGUGCCGCAUAUGCUCCGAAAACACAUCAGCAUCGAUGGUCCCGUGAUUAUCAGUAAAAUACGCUUCCUCUUUUUGUCUAUGAGGAGCUCGAAACAAUUUUCUACCAAUAAAAUCUUCGGGUCAAACAGUUAAGCACGACUUUAUCUAUUUUAAUCUGAAUUUUUAUUACUCAAGUACGAUUAUUAAGAAAGAAAAGAAAAGAAGGAAAAAAAAAAACAAAAAAUAAACCGCAGUGCCUUGUUCGUGAUCGUGACGAUCGUUUAGUCACUAAACUGUAAAAUGUACGAAGUUCGUAAGAUUUUUGGACGACGGGAGUACUAGAUUGAAACAAUCGCUCCGAAUCGUCAUGAAUAAAAAUAUCGAAAUCUGCGAAUUUUCUGAGACGUUUCUUAUUGUUUUUAAUAAUUAGUAAUAAUAAUCAGUGCUCGAGGAAAAAACUAUCCGCGUCAAGAUCACGUCGCAGCGAUCGAGUGUUGCUUGACAAAAUAAUUAUUGCGAUAAAUACGACGAGAAACGAGAAGAAGAAUAUUCAUAGAGCCGGUGUAAAAUGAUCGGGCCACCGUCCGGAUCCAACGGUAUGCCGACUCACCAAGUCGUUGAUAAUCCAGUAAGGGUUAAGAGAAAAGUCUUCGAGGAUCUUGACAUUGAGAGUCUGUGCGAGGAAGUUUGUCAAAAUGGAAAAAAGCGUUUUCUCAAUGAACUCCGAGAGCCAGUGGAUACAACGAUCAUUCAAAAUCUCGUUGAUCCUACAGAGUUUUCUUCUCCUUCAUCGGCCUCUUCUACGUCAUCGUCGCCCGGCUCCUCAGUCCAGGAAAUAACGAACGUCGGUGGCUCGGUCGCGAGAUUGGAAGUGCUCGUCGUCGACGGUACGUGGGAUCCCUCGAGCCUUGGGAACGCCGAAUUUACCGAUAUCUCAAGCUCGAUCGGCAACGACUCCGAAAUUCCGACACUCGAUGAUGUUAAAUCGAUCGAAAAUGGAUACGGAGCUAUACUUUCCUACUGGGAACCAACCGACGCUUCCGAAACGACCCAAAAUCCUACAAAUGCCACUGAAAAUCCUGUUACUCCUGCACCACGAACGCCCUUAUCCACAACGACCACCUCGUCGACGCUUCCAGUCGAGGAUCAAGAAAAUGGCAAUCUCUCCUGGCUUCUUGAUUUCAAACUUGAUUCCUUCAUCGAGGCACCCGAGGAACGAACGAUUUUCCCUCCUGUCAAAGACAAUCACAUUGGUAAUCGAAACAGGUGCAACGCAAACGCUUCACGGGCAAACGUCACAACGUCGGGCACGAACGAGGCGAAAAAAAGUAAUAUAAAUCAUCAGGAGAACGAGACAGUUGUUUCGAGUGCGAGUCCGGUGCAGAACGAAGUAAUGCGUCAUCCGACAAUCGUGUCGGCAAACUAUGGAGCUGAGAAUCGAAGUUAUGCAGCAUCGCGUUACGGUGGUCCGAAAAAGCCACCGUUCACGUACACCGAAUUGAUCGAGCAGGCUCUACAAGAGAGAGGAGAGCUCACUGUUUCUGCUAUUUAUUCCUGGAUCUCUGAGCACUUCCCUUACUACAAGAGCAACGACGAUCGGUGGAAGAAUUCAGUUCGACACAAUCUCUCCAUAAAUCCACAUUUUCGGAAAGGCUCGAAAGCUCCCCACGGCGCGGGCCACCUUUGGGCAAUUGCUAACCGAGGUGACACGCAACCACGCCAAUUGAUAACCACCAAUGGAACGAUUCUACCAAUGCCAAGGCAAUUUAUAAAGAAUCUUGGAGAAAACGGUUCACGGAAGCAGAGUAACGUUAACAGCCAAAUGGUCACAUUCGACGAAGUGGCGGCUGCAACCGCGAGUAUAAGCCAACCUGAAGAGAUCAACCUUGUCACCACUUCCGUGACAUUGGAACAUUGUGCUGAGCAAAUUUUGAACGGUGUUAAGCGUGAAGUCGAGGUGCAGUAUCUCGUACCCAUGGUCGUACCAGCUAACGAGCCCGAGCCAGAAACUGUACAAACACAGAAGACGGAAUCGAACGAACCUCCGUGUCCCGACAAAGAAACGGAACGUGACUGUUGGAACGUACUUGCAGACUUUUUGAAUCCCGUAUCAAAGGAGGAAGUCGCAGAGGAAUGUGGCCUGAUCGGUGAGGGCUAUUUGGUAACCGAUUUGAAUCCAACAGCACUGGGUUUGAAUAUGGUAGAGCCUGAAAUCAUAACACCCGACAAUCUCUUCGGAGAAGAGCUGAGUUUUCAAUUUUACGAGUUAACGUCGCCAUCUCAGUUGCAAUCUGCCUGACACACGGAGAAAGGCAAGCUGCGCGUUAUAUUCGUGGACAAUUCGAAGAUACAAAACAUAGGGAUUGUCGAGAAUUCGCCAAGCAACGAGGGAGCAUCAUCGUUGAAUAACGUUUCUAAGAAUACUUGCGGGGAAGCGACCGUUACGAAUUUUGGAACUAACAAAUAUUCCAUGGAUGAACAAACAGUCGGGAUGCGCCAAGAUUCUGUAACUUUGGUUGACAGCUGAUUUUCCGUACGAGCGUGUCGUACUAAUCAGUCCCAGAGCAUGCACAUCACCUGUUCACCCAACUUCCAGCACCGUAGACAACGAAAAAUCAUACUAAACAAAGAAAAAUAACAAGAGCUACGCGUGCGACUGGAAAACAGUGCUUAAAUUAUCUCUUGCAAGCACACGAUUAUCCGAUUAUUAUUAAUCUUCAUUUCUUCUAGUCUUUACGAAACCGAAUGUAAUGUUUUUGUAUUAGCAAAAGAAAUAUAAUAUAAUAUUUACAAUAU